AUGGAUGAACACGGAAUCCAUAUCAAUGUAACGUUUUAUAACAAACUUCCUGGCACAUGGAUGGAAUUUUUCAAGACGGUAUUAUUGAGCACUCCCAAGGACCUCCCUGAAAUCAUUCUAGUAUUGUCGUUAAUCUGUGCUAUUGGAGCAUUUUUGAACAUGCACUUGAAAGACUUUCCAAUUCCUCUCCCUGUGAUAUUAUUUUUAAUUGGAUGCAGUUUUGAAAUGCUAAGUUUUACAUCUUUCCAGAUCCAAAAAUAUGCAGAUGCCAUACAAUGGAUGAACCCAGAGUUAUUUUUUGGUAUAUUUACACCAGUAAUUAUCUUUAAUGUUGCAUAUGACAUGGAUGUAUACAUGCUUCAAAAGUUAUUUUGGCAGAUACUUUUAAUCACAAUUCCCGGCUUUGUGAUUAAUUAUGUUUUAAUUCUUUGGUAUCUGCAAUCUGUGAAUAAAUUACUUUUGAAGACCAUCCCAUGGCUCCUAUUUGCAGUUAUUCUUAUGAGUUCGGACCCCAUGCUGACUGCAGCUGCCAUAAGAGACCUUGGUCUUUCAAGAGCCCUCACAAAUCUAAUUAGUGGAGAAAGUCUGAUGACCUCUGUUAUAUCAAUAAUUGUAUUCAGUACUGUUGUGAAUAUUAACUUCAAAAGACAUCACCUCAGCCAUCCUGAUGGCUUUUAUGUCAUGCAUGGAAUUUGGUCAUAUUUUCUGGAAAGUUUCUUGUUUGGAAUUCUAAAUUCAAAACUGAUUCAAUUGUGUAUGUCAACAGUUUUUGGUGAUGAUGUCCAUCAUAUAAGUCUCAUUCUUGCAGUUCUGUACCUCAUCUUUUAUGUUUGUGAGUUGGUUGAAAUGUCUGGAAUAUUCACUCUGGCCAUUAUGGGACUUUUUUUAAAUUCUACGAGUUUUAAACCAGGAGUCGAAGCGCUUCUUCUCGAAUUCUGGAAUUGUAUAUCGUUUGUUGCUUUUCUUAUGGUGUUUACUUUUCUUGGAGUUUUAAUUCCUGCACAUACAUAUUUAUAUAUAUCAUUUUCUGAUAUAUAUUAUUCAUUAAAUAUCUACUUCACACUGAUUGUUCUAAGACUUCUGGUUUUUAUAAUGAUGAGUCCCAUUUUGUCUCGACUUGGUCAUGGGUUCAGCUGGCGCUGGGCAUUCAUAAUGGUCUGGAGUGAAAUGAAAGGGACACCAAACAUAAGCAUGGCCCUUUUGGUUGCCUACUCAAACUUUUCUGUUGGAACAGAAAGGGAAAAAUCUCAAGUACUAUUUCAUGGAGUGUUGGUAUGCUUAAUUAAUCUGAUUAUCAAUAGAUUUAUUUUGCCGAUGGCAGUCACUAAACUAGGUCUUCGAGAUGUCACAUCAACAAAAUAUAAAUCAGUUUAUUAUACAUUUCAACAUUUUCAAGAGCUAACCAAAUCUACAGCAUCUGCACUCAAAUUUGACAAAGAUCUUGCUAAUGCUGAUUGGAACAUGGUUGAGAAGGCAAUUGUACUUCAAAAUCCAUAUGCAUUAAAACAAGGAGAAACAACAGAACAUCAGAAGGUGGUAUGUCCAGACUGUAACAAGGAAAUAAAUGAGACCCUUAACAUUGAAGCAGUAAAGCUGGCCAACAGGCGCCUCCUGUCAGCACAAAUUGCGAGCUACCAAAGACAAUACAAGAAUGAGACUCUGUCCCAGAGUGCAGCCCAGGUGUUGGUUGGUGCAGCAGGAAGCUUUGGUGAAAGGAAGGGAGAAUACAUGACUCCUGAGACAAUAAAGCAUUAUUAUGAAAGCAAAAAACUACUUAGCUUCCUUAGAAAAGUACUGCUCAAUUGGGUAUACAAUACUAAGAAAGAUAAAGGGAUUCCAUCAAGAUAUUGCUUUCUUCGUCUAUGCCAUAAAAUAGUAUUUACUGAUGAAUUUGAGUAUAUUGGAUACCUUGUGGUACUAAUGAAUAUAUUUCCUAUUAUAAUCUCUUGGAUAUCCCAGUUAAAUGACAUCUAUGAGCAUGAAAUAAGAUUCACUAACUAUUAUUUUCUUGCAUUUUAUAUUCUAGAGGAUCUACUUAAGAUGGCAGCAAUGAGGAAGGACUAUUUUUCACACACUUGGAAUAUUUUUGAGUCAGUAAUUUCAUUGAUUGGCAUCAUAGAUAUAAUACUUACUGAGACAAAUUUCAUUAAUUAUUAUUUGAAUUUCAUUGAAGCCAAAGUGGUCUUUAUGAAAAUAGUUCGACUCCUUCGUAUAUUACGCAUUUUGAAGCUCAUAACUCCAAAGUUGCUGCAAAUAAUAGAUAAAAGGAUGAGUCAUCAGCUGUCCUUUCGGUAUGCUAUACUAAAAGGAUACGUCCAAGGUGAAGCAGAUGUCAUGAAUAUAAUUGAUCGGAUUGCAAGUUCUGAACAAAUUAAACAGAUGUUAUUAAUUCAGGUAACAAGUAAUAUGGAACAAGCUAUGAAAGAGCUAGGUUACUUGGAGUAUGAUCACCCAGAAAUCGCUGUCACUAUGAAAACAAAGGACGAGAUUAACGUCAUGCUCAAUAUGGCAAGAGAAAUUGUCAAGGCGUUCAGGUUAGAAGGAAUUCUUCAUAAAAGUGAAGGUGCUGAAAUUUUUAAGGUAAUCAUGGCCAGAAAAAGAGAGGUGCUUGAUUUUCAAUCUGUUAUCAAGCCACUAACUGUUGACGAAAUUAUGUAUCACAUUCCAUGGCUUGAGAAAGACAAAGACCGUAUAGACUUUAUUCAGGAAAGAGCUAAAAUUGUAACAUUUGAUUGUGGAAAUGAUAUAUUUGAAGAAGGUGAUGAGCCAAAAGGAAUCUAUAUUAUUAUUUCAGGGAUGGUAAAGCUUAAAAGAGUAAAUCUGGGUACAGAGAAUGAGACAAUACUCUUGGAGACAGAGGAGAAAGCUUACCCAGUCAUUUACACAGACUAUGUGCUCAGCGGUGAAAUAAUAGGAGAGUUAAACUGCUUAACUAAUGAGCCAAUGAAAUAUUCUGCUACUUGCAAAACUGUAGUGGAGACAUAUUUUAUUCCAAAAUCUCACUUGUAUGAAGCCUUUAGACAAAAGUAUCCUGGCAUGGAAGAUAAWAUGUGGCUAAAAAUUGGACGUGGAAUUACUGCCCAAAAAAUCAGGGAACAUUUAUCUUAUGAGGACUGGAACUAUAAGAUGCAAUUAGAGCUCUAUAACAUGCACAUAAGAGAUAUACCGAAAAAUACCAAAAUUGGUAUCUAUGAUGAAAGUGUAACCUAUGUUAUCCUCAUACAUGGAGCUGUAGAAGAUUGUCUGUCACGAAAACUUUAUAAGGCACCUUUCUUAAUUCCUAUAACAUGCCAUCAGAUACAAGGCACAGAAGAUUUCACAAAAAUAAUGAUUAUUCAAACUUCAAUUGAUCUGGAAAAACACACAUGGAACACAAGAAAGUAUAUGUCUACACCUAAAACUUCCCUGAAACUAGGAUCAAUAAUUUCAAGUGGAUUCCUGGAAGAAGAACUGCAAGAAGAAAGUGAUAUUAAGGAGGAGGCUGAAGAGUCUGAAACAUUACUCGAGGAGAAUAUUAAAGUCUAA